CGCGGAUGAAGUUUGUCUCCUGCGAGGCACCAUCCUUGAUACCCUUUCCCCCUUCCCUCUCUUAUGGCGAGAUUUCCAUUUAACUUCUAAUGUUUUUACGUUGUAAAUUCAGUGCCUUUAAAACGUAAUCUUGUUAGUAUUCUUAGUUAUAUUCCGCGUAAGUGGCAUGAUGUUUACGUCCACCGGUUCGUGGGGAUUGUAUAAAGCACCCCUAUCCAAGAGCUUACUGCUGCUUCCUACAGUCCUCUCUGUACUGCUGACUGUGCUUCUGCCUCAGUACCAGGAUAUGUUCAUAUACAACCUCCAGGCUGUCAGGCAGGACAAACAGUUCUGGAGGCUGGUGAGUGGACGGCUCAUCUGCCUGGACCUGAAAGACACUUUCUGCAGCAGUUUGCUUAUCUACAAUUUCCGCAUAUUUGAGAGGAGGUUUGGCAGCCACAAAUUUGCUUCCUUCCUUUUUGGAGCCUGGAUUCUCUCUGCUUUUGUGGACUUGCUGCUGAUAGAGGCUCUUCGCUUCAUUUUUGAACUUCAGGUGGAUGUUCUUCCAGCUGGACUGCUGGGCCCAGUCUUUGCUCUCUUUGUGCCUUUCUACAACUCCAUCCCACGUGUUCAGGUCACUCAGUUGCUUGGCCAUGUCUCAAUCACAAACAAGUCUCUGACAUACAUUGUGGGUGCACAGCUCCUGACGUCAAGUGCCUACAUGUGGAUUGUUGCUUGUAGUGGACUGAUCGCCGGCAUGUUUUAUUACAGUAAUAAGUUGGCUGUCCAGAAGUUCUUGCGUGUGCCAGAAUGGGUGGCCCGAUGUGGUUCUGUGCUCCUAGAGCCGGUCUUCUCAGAUUCUGAGCCCACUGCAGAGGCUCCGCUGGGGAUGGGUGCUACUUUGGACAUCCAGAGACAGCAGAGGAUGGAUAUGCUGGACCAGCAACUGCUCCUGACUCAGCUGGCACACCUCAGGAGAAAUGCACAGCAACAGCAGGCUCAGCAGACAGGUCUCCUCAAUUGGAACAGAUUCUUCCCCACUUUACGGCACAGAGGACAGAACCGGCUCCAAGAGGGUCCUCAGCCACAACAGCCCCCCUAUACGCACCCGCCGGAUAACACAGAUGUGGUCGAAGAACAGGUUGCAAGAUUAAUGGAGAUGGGUUUCUCAAGGAUGGAUGCCCAAGAAGCUCUUAGAGCAUCUAAUAAUGACAUUAACAUCGCAACAAACUUUUUGCUUCAGCACUGAAAAUAAAAUAAAUUGAAGAUGACUAAGAGGACAAGGGAAACAAGUUGAAAAGUACUCAAGAACAUAACUCUGGUGUCAUGACUACACCUGUUGGAAGAAGUUAACAGUCGACUUUGGUACUCAACUCACGGGAGCUGAUGAUGUCACUUUCUUUCUGGCUGCUUAUUGAAUGGGCAGUGUGGCGCGCCUGCUGUUGUGUAUUGCUACUAGGAAUUGACUUGCAAUUGCAGCCCAAUCAACAGGACAUAGCCAACAUGGUGGAUCAUCACACAUUGUGUCUCAGGGCUUGUGUCAUUUGGCGUUGUCCUUGAA